AGAGGGGGAGAGGAAGACGUCAAGAAAUCUACAGAUGUAGAGCAUGAUGCAGUUCAUCCUAGUGAGGAAACAAAUAGCAUCGAAAGGUCUAAAUGUGUACACGGUGAUGCAGCUCAUCCCUGUGAGGAGAAAAGAGACGCCGAUAAGCCUAAAGGUGCAGAGAAGGAGUCCAUUCAUCCCAGUGAGGGGAAGGUAGAAGUCCAAAACAGUAAAGGUGCAAAGAAAGAUGCUGUUCGUCCAAAAGAAGGUGUGGAGAAUGAUGCAGCUCAUCCCUGUAAGGAGAAGAAAGACGCCGAAAAGCCUGAAAUUGCAAGGAACGUGGAGUACAUGACUGUUGUGUUUCAUGCAUUGCUGACAUCAACUUUUAACAUCAGCGUUCAACAGGGUUAUAAAGUCGUCUUGAGAGGGAACUCACCCUUUUCUUGGAAUCCAUCAAAGCAAGUCGAGAUACAAGCUGUAAGGGAACUGCAUGGUGGAAACUACUUACUGGAAGGUAAAGCCAAACUAACGUUGCGAGAAGCCUCCCGAACGAUUGCGUAUAAGUACGUUGUUGUACCACACCAACGACGAACUGCAAAAGACAAGGACCUCUGGGAGUGUCUUAUUGGUUUCAGGCCUGUCGUUACUGGUAAACAUGUCAACCGAUGCCUUCGCAUCCCUGAGAGUUCAAUAAAAGUCAAUGGCACGUGGCAUCAAUAUGACGAUGCAAUCUUCAGUCAACCUGGAUUAUGGGAAUCCAUUCGCAGCCUCUUCCCUCACAACGAAAACGAUCCUGCUGAAGGCCGACGAUUGGCCAUGACAGCUAUGCUUCCCGACUGGGAGAGCAUUUCAUUAAAACAGGGAGGGAUGAAUGCGCAUGACGCCUUGAGUAAAAUCAACAAUGUUGUCCACUGCAUGUCAAAAGCUGAGGUCGAGAACGGAGGUCUUUUUCGUCUUAGAGUUCCAUACGGCUUCAAUAUCCUGGAGGUACUACAUGAAUACCUUUUUCCGCAACUAAACCGGAAUAUUCGAAUACUUCGAGUUCAUACUGAUGACGAGGAUUCUCACACUAAAAGACUGAUUACUUCCACAAUGAUUGCAUCCCUUGCCGUUCUUCACCAACUAACAUUUCAUGGAGACGAUGAGUUAAAGAACCUACUGGAGUGUCUUCUCAUAAAUGGCGAGUCAGGAAGGCCCAAAUGCAUUGAGUAUGAUGCUUUGCUUUCUCAAUUUCCUAAAGAAAAGCAUUUACGGUAAGAUAUUGAAUGUUCUCAAUCUUACUAGGACUGCAACCUGUAUAUCUUUUUUCAGUUAAUAUAGCGUGCAUGAACCGCGAGCCAAAGGAAAUACGUCGCCUGUUGCUCGCUGGUCGGGAGUCCAGCCGGUGUGCAGAGGGUCAUGGAUGUGAAGCCUGAUGAGACUAUUCCGGACCAUUUUUUCGGAGUUGCUACAUCGUGCCACUAACUAUGUGGCAUUUUUCUUAAUCAUGCAUUUAUCUGUUCACUGACCGAAUGAUUGAUCGAUGG